GCUAAAGCAUGAGUUGCCUAGUGGAAGGACCGUUAGACUGGCAAAAUAUAAGGCCAGUAGGUUAACAAACUCCUAUGGAUGCUUAUGCGCAUCAGCAUUCUAUAACUACUAUAAACAGAACCAAGAGGAGGAUAUGUAUCUAGUCUAUGUCUCUGCUAAAGGGGAGGUCGUUAAAACACCCCCAGAGAUAGAGACCAUCGUCGUUAAGUACCCUGAUCUGUUCGAGGAGCCCUCAGGAGUCGUAGACAGGGAGGUUGUCCAUGCCAUAGAGAUCAUCCUAGGUAGUAAGACACCUAAAGGGAGAAUCUAUAGGAUGGCUCCGGCAGAGUUGGACGAGCUUCGUCGGCAACUGAAAGAGCUCACAGAAAAGGGUUGGAUUCGGCCUAGCACUUCCCCCUUUGGCUCACCAGUCUUAUUUGUUCCAAAGAAAGGGGGAACACUAAGGAUGUGCAUUGAUUAUAAAGAUCUCAAUACCAUCACCGUUAAGAGCGCAGAGCCUCUACCACGCAUCGACGACUUAUUGGAUAGGGUGCAGGGGUGUAAGUAUUAUACCAAGAUAGACUUAAAAUCCGGCUACCAUCAGAUUGCCAUAAGACCAGAGGACCAGCACAAAACCGCAUUUCAGACCAGGUACGGUCUGUACGAGUUUAUGGUGAUGCCCUUUGACCUUUGCAAUGCGCCGGGUACAUUCCAGCACGCCAUGAAUAGGAUCUUCCAUGACUACUUAGAUAAGUUCGUCGUCGUGUACCUCGACGAUAUACUGAUCUUUAGCAGGAUUGUCGAGGAGCAUGCUCAGCAUGUAGACAAAGUACUAUCACCCCUUCGGCAGCACAAGUAUAAGAUAAACGCAGAGAAAUGCGUGUUUUGUCGCACUCAAAUUUUGUACUUGGGUCAUGAAGUAUCCGCGGAUGGGAUUAGGCCCGAAGAUGCAAAGGUGGAUAGCAUAUGUGACUGGCCACGACCGCGGUUUGUGACUGAGGUCAGAUCAUUCUUGGGAAUGUGUGGUUAUUACCACAACUUCGUAAAGAAUUAUAGUACGAUCGCAUCUCCCUUGACUGAUCUAACUCGACUUGACACACCAUGGGACUGGACCAACGAGUGUGAGGCAACUUUCAAGCAUUUAAAGCAUGCUCUCACGCACCAUGAGGUUCUCAUGGUACCCGACCCGCAAAGGCCAUUUGUUGUAACCACUAACACAAGCCAAUAUGGGAUUGGGGCAGUACUGGCUCACCAGGAAGGGAAAAAGUUGAGACCAGCCGAGUACAUAAGCAAAAAGAUGCCAUCAAAGAAGCUGGCAAAGUCCACCUACGAGAAGGAACUCUACGCUCUUUAUAAGGCACUUGUUCACUGGAGGCACUAUCUGUUAGGAAGGUUCUUCUACGUGAGAACCGACCAUCAGACCCUCAAGUGGAUCAAGACACAACCAGUUCUCUCCGACGCACUCAAACGUUCGAUUGAAGUCAUCGAUCAAUACGACUACAAACUAGACUAUGUGAAGGGAGAGUACAACAAGGUUGCAGAUGCGUUGUCUAGGAGGGCAUAUUACCUAGGUGCGCUGAUUUCUGAGUUUGGCUUGUCUGAGGACGUUACUCGAUCUUUGGGGGAAGCCUACAAGGAAGAUCCCAUCACGAUGGACAUCAUCAACAAGCAGCAGGCCAAAGACAAGGCCACCACUGACGAGUUUGUGAUGGUGGAUGGGAUACUCUUUCUUGAAAAGGCAGGGUUCAAGAGGCCAGGCAUUCUGGCCAGUGCUGGCACUGCUGGAAGUGCUGCUGCGCUCUCGAUUGAUGCUGCGCUGCUGCCAAAGGCGCUGACGGGGUGCAUAGUGGAAGACAAGGACGAGGACGAGGACGAGGACGAGGACGAGGACGAGGACGAGGACGAGGACGAGGACGAGGACGAGGACGAGGAGGACGAGGAGGACGAGGAGGAGGACGAGGAGGAAGAAGGAGGAGGGGGGGGGGGGGAAGAAGGAGGCGGAGAAGUAGGAGUAGGAGGCACCAUUCCCCAACGACGAUUUCGAAGAGGGGGAAGACGGAGGGACAGUGAAGGUGAAGGCAAGAGCUACGGCAAUAGCGAAGCUGAAGAAGGCGCAAGCUAUGGUGAAGCCAAGGCCAGGGCCAAGGGCUAUGGCGAGUGCGAUGGAGCAGAGGGUGGGACACCCCACCUCUUGGGACAGGAAACACUGAGACAAAGUCGAAAGCUUUUGCAAGGAUAUGGCGAAGGCUAUGGCUAUGGCGAAGCUGCAGGCUAUGGCUAUGGCGAAGCCGCAGGCUAUGGCGAAGGCGAAGAAGAAGGCGAAGCCGUGAGCUAUGGUGAAGGCUAUGGCUAAAACAAAGGCUAUGGUGAAUU